GGCGCGGUCGGAAAGCGAUAUUAGCUGUCAUUUGUAGCGAUUCUCAGUCCAGUGUUGUUUCUUGAGUGUACCGCAGGGACAAAACACAUGUCGGAUACCCAUAUAUGAUGGCGAAGUUCUAUCUCUUCCUCUUCACACUGGCCAUGUACAAGUGUCCAGUGUCAUUGUCAACGAAAGCUAAGGGAGGUUCCAUGGACCUGGCUCUGAUACCAGAGAGCAACUGCCGAGUGGUUGUCAAUGAUACCGACGAAGUUAUCAACUUGGAGCCACUUCAGAGAACGGACGGCCACCCAAGGUUCACAACCUUGUUCAAGACUCAGAGUCAGUUGUGGAACUACACCUUCAACCCUUGUGUACCAUACACCUUGCCUUUCAAGAACCCUCAUGAACCGUUUGGUGAUCGAUGUCAUUCUGUGUCUAUCUGCCAGUACAGUGACAGCCAAGAGCCUGGCUUCUACUAUGCGUUGGGUGUGCAGGACAAGGCUUACUUCAAGGCAGGACGUGACCGCCAGGACUCACUCCAUAUGGAACUCCGAUUCAAAGGAGUAGAGUCGAUGAGGCGUAGAGAAGUCGUUGUCCGGCUCAUCUGUGAUGAGGAGAGGACGUUGGUUGAAGACGGGCUGUUUCGGAUUGUCAAGGACAUCGGCCGGGGUGAGCCUGUGGAAGCGGAGCUUCAUCACAAAUGCUGCUGCCCUGAUGGCUGUUUGGGAAAGUCGCUGGAUGAGUCCAAGGGCAAGAAAGGUGCUGAUGGUGGGAUGUUGCUGAUCCUGGUGGGGACGGUCCUGACGUUGCUGUUUGUUGCUGCUGCCAUCGGGGGUCUGUGCUACAUCAAGCGCACCCAUCUGCAGAUCUACUACAAGUUGCCAGGUCUGCACAAUGCGCCACCAAGUGCCAACACGCCAGGUCCGUCAAGGAUGGAACGAGGCUUGAACCCAAACUUGUCCCGACCUAUUGCCUACCGAGACUAUGAGCCGACUUCAACAACAAGGAAAAGACUACUUCCUGUCCUGGAUGAUGCCAUCAUAUCUGUGGACAGCGUUGAACUAGGACAGAGACUUGGAGGUGGAAUCUUCGGGGAUACACACAUCGCCACCUGGCAGGACAUGACGGUUGCUGUCAAGAGGUUGACAAUCAAUAUCCAUGGCAACCAGGUUACCGAGGCAACCAUGGAGUUUAUGAAGAGUGAGGUGUGGUUUCACAGCCGACAGCGACACAAGAACAUCGUGACAGUGGUGGGCCUCUGCCUUGACGGCAAACACCCCUACAUCAUCACAGAGUAUGUCAACGGCGAGUGUCUCAAGGAUGUCAUCAAACACAAGGGGAGAGAACUCACAUGGCCUCAGAGGGUCAAGAUGUGUCACGGCGUGGCCGACGGCAUGGCCUUCCUGCACUCCACCAAGCCCCCCAUCAUCCACCGCGACCUCCGCUGUGCCAACCUCUUCCUGCUGCAAGACGAUGUCAUCAAGGUGGCUGAUUUUGGUCUGGUGAAACUGUUGCAGCCAGUCAGACAGGAGUGUCAAAAUGAUGACUGCUGUUGUCAGCGCCAGUACAGUGCAUGUCCCGCUACAUUCCGGUGGACGGCUCCAGAGCUCCUCACCCACCCCACAGCCCAGGAGGACGACGCUGUCAUCACUACCGCGUGCGACGUGUACUCUUUUGGAGUCAUCAUGUGGGAGAUCAUUGUGUGUGCCGACCCCUUUGAUGACCUUCAAACAGAACAAGAGGUGAUGGAGGCAGUGACGAGUGGCCGGCGGCCAGAUAUUCCGAGUUCCAACGAGGUCAUGCCUCAAUAUCGAGAGUUGCUGAGAGAGUGUUGGAGCCAGGAGCCACACACUCGACCCACUUUUAAACAGGUCGCAGUCAGACUUCGCGAAAUCUCUCAUCAGUCGAGAUCCUUUCAGAAAGUUGUAAACAACCAACACAAACAACGAGAACAUAAUGUCCACGUGUAACUUGUGAACUGAGGACUUUCUCCUGACACUCUGGGACAUGUUCCUUCAGGGGCUCUUGGGGACAGAAUCGAGGAUGUGUUGGUUCAGGGUUACCUCGGGACAGAGAUCUGAGGUUGUGUUGAUUCAGGGGAACCUCAGGACAGAUCUGAGGACGUGUUGAUUCAGGGGAACCUCAGGACAGAUCUGAGGACGUGUUGAUUCAGGGGAACCUCAGGACAGAUCUGAGGACGUGUUGAUUCAGGGGAACCUCAGGACAGAUCUGAGGACGUGUUGAUUCUGGGGAACCUCAGGACAGAUCUGAGGACGUGUUGAUUCAGGGGUACCUCAGGACAGAUCUGAGGAUGUGUUGAUUCUGGGGUCAGCUACUAGUCGUCGUUGAGAGCUAUUCACGGGUAUCUGUCCGAGUGUUCAACUGGAAUCGUGUCACAGAUGAGAUUGUGUUUGCUGCUAGAAUGAACAAUAUCGGUUCUUGUAAAUAACCAUCACAACCCGACACAAUGGCAGAUCAGCUUGGAAGCAUAAACUCUUGUUGGACAGUUGUUACUAUGGAAACAGAAAAGGUUCAAUAUUUGAAUUAUCUGAUGUUCGACACAACCCAAAAUUAACAUAGAUUUACCAAUUGGCAUGAAGAAUGUAUAACACGAAACAUGCGAAGAACAAGAGUAAUUUGUGCUGGAAGUACAUGUUUGGGACUGGAAAAUGAUUUCGAAACUACCGUAACUUCCACAAUAGUGAUGUUUCCAUGUGAUCUGUGCUGAUAACAUGUGAAUGAUGGAUAGUGUCCACAUGAUCUGUGCUGAUAACAUGUGAAUAAUGGAUAGUGUCCACGUGAUCUGUGCUGAUAACAUGUGAAUGAUGGAUAGUGUCCAUCUGAUAAGGGCUGAUAACAUGUGAAUGACGGAUAGUGUCCUCGUGAUCUGUGCUGAUAACAUGUGAAUAAUGGAUAGUGUCCAUGUGAUCUGGGCUGAUAACAUGUGAAUGAUGGAUAGUGUCCACAUGAGCUGUGCUGAUAAAUGAAUCAUGGACAGUUUCCACGUGAUAAGGGCUGAUAAUACGUGAAUCAUGGAUAGUUUCCACAUGAUCUUGGCUGAUAACAUGUGAAUCAUGGAUAGUGUCCACGUGAUCUGUGCUGAUAACAUGUGAAUUGUGGAUAGUUUCCACAUGAUCUUAGCUGAGAACAUGUGAAUCAUUGAUAGUUUCCACGUGAUCUUGGCUGAGAACAUGGGAAUCAUUGAUAGUGUCCACAUGAGCUGUGCUGAUAACAUGUGAAUCAUGGACAGUGUCCACGUGAUCUGUGCUGAUAACAUGUGAAUCAUGGAUAGUGUCCACGUGAUCUGUGCUGAUAACAUGUGAAUGAUGGAUAGUGUCCACGUGAUCUGUGCUGAUAACAUGUGAAUGAUGGAUAGUGUCCACAUGAUCUGUGCUGAUAACAUGUGAAUCAUGGACAGUGUCCACGUGAUCUGUGCUGAUAACAUGUGAAUGAUGGACAGUUUCCACAUGAUCUGUGCUGAUAACAUGUGAAUGAUGGAUAGUGUCCACAUGAUCUGGGCUGAUAACAUGUGAAUCAUGGAUAGUUUCCACGUGAUCUGGGCUGAUAACAUGUGAAUGAUGGACAGUUUCCACAUGAUCUGGGCUGAUAACAUGUGAAUGAUGGACAGUGUCCACGUGAUCUGUGCUGAUAACAUGUGAAUCAUGGAUAGUGUCCACGUGAUCUGUGCUGAUAACAUGUGAAUCAUGGAUAGUGUCCACGUGAUCUGUGCUGAUAACAUGUGAAUGAUGGACAGUUUCCACAUGAUCUGUGCUGAUAACAUGUGAAUGAUGGAUAGUGUCCACAUGGUCUGGGCUGAUAACAUGUGAAUCAUGGAUAGUUUCCACGUGAUCUGUGCUGAUAACAUGUGAAUGAUGGACAGUUUCCACAUGAUCUGUGCUGAUAACAUGUGAAUGAUGGACAGUUUCCACAUGAUCUGGGCUGAUAACAUGUCAAUGAUGGACAGUUUCCACAUGAUCUGGGCUGAUAACAUGUGAAUGAUGGAUAGUGUCCACAUGAUCUGGGCUGAUAACAUGUGAAUGAUGGAUAGUGUCCACGUGAUCAUGGCUGAUAACAUGUGAAUCAUGAACAACUUCCACGUGACCUGCCAUGAGGACAUCAAGUUUCAUCUACCUGUUCCAUUAUGUACUACAUGUAUCCUAUAUUAAACAGAGUUUUGUCCCCUGGCUGCCAGGAUCCGGUGCAUAGUUGUGGUUUGGCUCCCAGACCCUGAUGACAAUGGUUUGUCCGCUCCAGGCCAUUGUUUUGCCGAGGUCAUUUUGUCCAUUCCUCCCACACGAUGGGGGACUCUAUAAGGAACACACCAUUUUAUUUUCUGGGGGAAGGGGUUGCAGGAAUUUCUGAUUAAAUCACAGCCUAUUGUUAUCCAGCACGUCCAGUGAAGAGUUAUUUUUACUGUUUUCCAGUAAUAUCUGGAACAAAUAAUUGUUUUAACCUUCCCCCACCCCCAGUCGAAUAUAAAUUCCAAUCGUCAGUCCCCGCCUUGCCAGGUGUUUACCUCCCGUGUGUUCCCCCAGGUGAUUCAAAAGAUUAUAUUGUUAUAAAUUGUGCAAUACAUUUACAAUGACCUUAUUUUUUAAUCCAAAUGUUCCUAGAUUACCUAUAAUCGAAACAGAAUGAUAUAACUAUCAAUGUGUAUGAAAUGACAAUAUAUUUACAUAGUGUAUUUUAUAUAUACAUAUGGGAGGCAAGAUGUUUGUCCAGAGGGCAAGUAUAUGUUUGAAAACACGGCAAUAUAUUUGUUAAUGACCCUGUUGAACUGUUUGUAUGUAUAAUUGGCCAGGAUUGAUGGUUUGUGUGUUGUUUUAACAAAGUGCCACACAGUGUUCCAGCAUAAAAAUGUAUGAUUAUGAUUCUUCUGUGAAGAGAUCAUCUGUUUGAUAACGGCACACCUUUAUUGAACAGUGUGGAUGUGACUAUUUUUAUCUUUGGCAUCAGCUGGUCAUUAGAAUGGUGGCAUCGGCAGCACUGUGCGACUGUUUACUGCAACUUAUAUCUGCUCCUAGAUGAAAUAUCAACUCCUGAUAGACACUAUAUUUUUUACGUAGGUACACUAGGAAUGCAUCCCUAAGUUUUCUGUCUUAUUGACAUACCUCAAUACUGACAAAACUCCAAAGUCUGGGAGUUACUGCAGUUGCCUCUGAUCUAUCGCAGGAAUUGCAAACCAACACGUAUAUACAGACUCUCAUUUUUGUAUUGUAGUAGUCCAAUCAUCGUGACAUUACAAAGGUCCCCAGCAUCACUAUGAAACAAAACCCGUGAAGAUUCCGGGGUAGAAUAGGUCUUCAGCAACCCAUGCUUGCCAUAUAAGGCGACUUUGCUUGUCAUAAAAGGCGACUAACAGGAUCGGGUGGUCA